UGAAAGCCUGGGCUUGUACGGAGCGCUGCGGAGGGUAGGCUACUGCUGUGAGAAAAGCCCCAACACACAACUCUCUGGCUACUACGGUCUUAUCUCGUCAUUUCCUUACUUCGUUUUGGCUUUGUUUUCCAAGAUGACAGAGGAAAAGAAUGUUCGACAUGUAAAGCUGGUGACUGACCAGCUUCUGUGGGAUUUGAUGUCACCUUUAGAUCGGCCCAACUGAAGAUGGAAACACUGGAGUCCGAGCUGACGUGCCCGAUCUGCCUGGAGCUCUUUGAGGACCCCCUGCUGCUCCCCUGCGCCCACAGCCUGUGCUUCAACUGCGCCCACCGCAUCCUGGUGUCGCACUGCUCCACCAGCAAGCCCCUCGAGUCCGUCUCCGCCUUCCAGUGUCCCACCUGCCGCUACGUCAUCACGCUGAACCACCGCGGCCUGGAGGGCCUCAAGCGCAAUGUGACGCUGCAGAACAUCAUUGACCGCUUCCAGAAGGCCAGCGUCAGUGGGCCCAACUCGCCCAGCGAGAGCCGGCGCCCGCCGCGGCUGUCUCCCCACAGCGUGAGCGCCCGCGGCAGCCCCGCUCUCACCGGCAGCAGCAGCGUCACGGGCCCCGCGCCCUCCUCCACCCUCUCCGCCAUGUCGCUGGAGCACCAGCAGCAGCAGCAGCAGCAGCAGGUGGUGCAGCAGGUGCAGCAGCAGCAGCACUUGCGCCCCCUGGUGGGCUGCCAGUUCUGCGAGCAGGACCCGCCGCGCGAGGCCAUCAAGACGUGCGUCACCUGCGAGGUGUCGUACUGCGACCGGUGCCUGCGCGCCACCCACCCCAACAAGAAGCCCUUCACCAGCCACCGGCUCGUGGAGCCCGUGCCCGACACGCACCUGCGCGGCCUCACCUGCCUGGAGCACGAGAACGAGAAGGUGAACAUGUACUGCGUGGUGGACGACCAGCUCAUCUGCUCGCUCUGCAAGCUGGUCGGGCGCCACCGCGAGCACCAGGUGUCCUCGCUGAGCGAGCGCUUCGACAAGCUCAAGGCUUUUCAAGUGAGCCCGGGCAGAGUUUCAGAAGCAGUUAUGGAGGCAUCAAAGACAAGCGCCGCGCAAACCCUGGAGAACAACCUGACCAAUCUGGUGAAGAGGAACAGCGAGCUGGAGAACCAGAUGGCCAAGCUCAUCCAGAUUUGCCAGCAGGUGGAGGUCAACACUGCCAUGCACGAAGCCAAGCUGGUGGAGGAGUGUGAUGAACUGGUGGAGAUCAUUCGCCAGCGGAAGCAGAUCAUCGCCGUCAAGAUCAAAGAGUCCAAGGUGAUGAAGCUGAGAAAGCUGGCCCAGCAGAUUGCUAACUGCCGCCAGUGUCUGGAGCGUUCCAGCGCGCUCAUCACCCAGGCGGAGAACAGCCUGAAGGAGAACGACCACACCCGCUUCCUGCAGACCGCCAGGAAUGUGGCGGAGAGGGUUGCCAUGGCCACUGCGUCUUCACAGGUGCUCAUCCCAGAUGUCAAUCUGAACGAGGCCUUUGACAACUUCGCCCUGGACUUCUCCCGAGAGAAGAAGAUCCUCGAGGGCUUGGACUACUUAACAGCUCCCAACCCUCCGUCCAUACGAGACGAGCUGUGCACCGCCUCCCACGACACCAUCACCGUGCACUGGACCUCCGAGGACGAGUUCAGCGUCACCUCCUACGAGCUGCAGUACACCAUCUACACCGGCCAGACCAACUUCAUCAGUCUGUACAACUCGGUGGACAGCUGGAUGAUCGUGCCCAACAUCAAGCAGAACCACUACACGGUGCACGGCCUGCAGAGCGGCACGCGCUACAUCUUCUUCGUCAAGGCCAUCAACCAGGCCGGCAGCCGCAACAGCGAGCCCGCCCGCCUCAAGACCAACAGCCAGCCGUUCAAGCUGGACCCCAAAACGGCGCACAAAAAGCUGCGUCUGUCCAACGACUGCCUGACCAUGGAGAAGGACGAGAGCUCGCUGAAGAAGAGCCACACGCCGGAGCGCUUCAGCAGCACGGGCUCCUACGGCUCCGCCGGCAACGUCUUCAUCGACAGCGGCUGCCACUACUGGGAGGUGCUGCUGGGGGCCUCCACAUGGUACGCGGUGGGCGUGGCCUACAAGUCGGCGCCCAAGAACGAGUGGAGCGGCAAGAACUCGUCCUCGUGGGUCUUCUCGCGCUGCAACAACAACUUCCUGGUGCGGCACAACGGCAAGGAGCAGCUGGUGGAGGCGUCGCUGCAGCUGCGGCGGCUGGGCGUGCUGCUGGACUACGACAGCAACGCGCUGUCCUUCUGGGACGCCAUGAACGCGCAGCACCUGCACACCUUCCACGUCUCCUUCCUGCUGCCCGUGGCGCCCACCUUCAUGAUCUGGAACAAGUCGCUCAUGCUGCUGUCCGGCCUGCCCGUGCCCGACUUCGUGGACUGUCCCGAGCAGCAGGAGGGCCUGUGCCGCCAGCAGGAGUCGCCCUACGUCUCGUCCACCAUGAAGGGCUGCCACUGAGAGAGGGCUCUGGGGGGGGGGGGGCAGGGACAGGGUGGGUUAGCAGGACGGGGAAGAGGGGCAGAUCGGGGCAGUUUGUGGGAUGGAUGGAUGGAUGGAUGGACUGAGCCGUGACUAACGGAUUGGACUUGAGCUACUGCUGAGGCCGCCACGCGACUGCCGUCGCAGGGUCUUCCUCCCCCCUCCCCCCUCCCCCCUCCUUCUCCUGGAUCUUCUUCCUCCUCCUCUUCUUCUCAUGUUUUUCAGUCUGGCUCCUCAUUGUUUUAUCGCUCCUUCUUUCUCAUUGGUGGGUUAGCAUCGCCUGUGCUUCUCAGUUUUAAAGGAUGCGUUUAGUUUUUUGCAACAGGUAUAGUUUCAUAGUUUUCCAAAACAGCAACAAAGUUGACACAUUUUGCAUCAUGUGACUACUACUUGUAUAUGAUGUGACCUCUGAUGAAGAUGAUGAGUAUGAGGAUGAUGAGGAGGAAGAAAAGCAAUUGUAAAUUAUUUGUCACUAACAAAUUGGUUUGCUUUUUGUCAGUUUUGAUGUAAACCUGAUGCACUUUUUAGAUUGGUUUUAAUGCCCCUGUGUGUAAAAAAAAAAAUCAGAAAUGGAUUUGGACAGGGUUGCUCUUCCUUUAGAUAGAAUAGAAGAGGUUUAUCUUAUUAAUAAAAAAGGGAUAAAAAUUUGAUGUUUCUACCGAAGUAAUGAAUUUAUUAUCUGAUGGAAUUAUAACUCACAGUUUUAUUAUAUUCAGGGAAGACAAAAGAAAUCCUUUUAUUUGCAAUUUGUGUAGACGUUAUGGCAUGAUAUGUAUUUCCUCUGUGAUUUGUUCACUCUCCUUCUGUUAGUACUUUUCUUUUCUCGUGAAAAGCAUGAUACAGUACGUAUGAUUCCCACUGGUCCCACGUAGUCGACAGACAUCUAACCCUAUCAGUAUAUUUAUUGCACCGUGAACAAGUGACCCUCCUCUACACCCUCCGUUCCCAUCGCUUGGUCUCCCACCGAGACUCAGAGUGAGAGAAAAACAGAAAAAUCAGAGUGACAUGGAGUCCAUAGUGGCACCCAAAGCAUUGAUCCAUUUGCAUUCAACAUAAAAGGCCAUAGUGGGGGUUUGUUUUAUGCAUCCAGACAUAUUUCAAGUCAAGUGUAUGAACAUACCAGCCAUGGCAGUUGUCUAAAGUGUCCAUAAUCGUGGGGAAAAACUAACAUUAUCUACACUCAAUCAUUGAAGUUGCACCAAACUCGUCAAAUCAUGUCAUGACUCUCAUCAGUAUUUAGUAUUUAUUUCCCCAUACUUCUCCUGGUCUGGUCUUAGUGUUUCAUGAUCUUCCUCUGUGUAAUAUUCAGGGUUGAGCUAAGAGGAUCCUUGAAGACAAUCACUAGUAAUGCAGGCAAAGACAUGUGUAGCAAGACAAACGCAUGGAAUACUUGAGACGUGAGAGGCAGAUUGCUUUUUCACUUUGUUUUGUUUUUUUUGGGAUGCUUUGCCAUUGUACCUACACAGGGCUUGGGAACAGAAAGAUACUACUGAUGCCACUGGCUUGCGUUGCUAUUUUUUGACAUAUCAAUGGCUCUGCUCUUUUUUCUGGAUGUUGGCCUAUCUCUUCUGGUUUGUCCUUCCUCUUUAUGAGCCAAGGUUAAGACGGGCAGGUAUCCACUCUGACUGGAUAAUGUGUUCCUCAGGAUCUGGUUCUAGAUCUUUCUGUUGGACCUUCGGUGGUAGCGCCUCUCUUGUAGAUUAGUGCAGCCGAGACGUUUUGAGCGAGUGAAUUAUUAAACACCACCUGUCUCCCCCCGACCUUGAAAUUUUACAUUCCAAAGAACAGAACAGUGAAGAACAAGAACAAGUAUAUAAGUGGGUGGUCUAAAAUGAUCACUGGUGUGCAGUUCACUUUGAGGUUUUGAUAUUUUACAAGGUCACAGCAGCUGAACACCAGACAAGGCUGUGGUGUUGUUCCAGAACUGUUGAUCUCUAAACGAGACUGAUGUGUUCAGUCCAUGUGUAUCUAUGUGCAUCAACUGGUCAUGACAACAGGGCUCAGGCUCAGUGCUGUUCCAUCUUCUCUUUGCCAUUCAGCCGAGGCAUGUUGAUUAUAAAAAAUGAAAGUACUCCAGCAAAGAUAUCAUCCGCUGAUCCACUGUUGUUGCAACAUAUCAGGUUCUGAUCAAACCAUGCCUCUCUGUGUGCUUCAUAUGGUGAAAUCUGCAGAAAUACAUUUUGUAAAUUACCUUCUCAUGUUUUUUUUUUUUCUCUUGGGUUCUUGUUUCACAUUUUGUUUCUUUAAAGGAUUCUUUUUGAAAAGGUUCUCCAUCUCUGGUUAACAAAGGUUGAAUAAAUCCAUUUUUUUGAUCUUUUGAUGUUUCAGAGCUUUAAGAAGUGAUCAAAUCAGCCAUGCUCAUCUGCUUCAUGCUUCUGUUCCAAUAAAUAUGACUUUUAGAGGAAAAGAAUGUAAAUCAUAGGGGGAAAUAUAUAUUAUAUAAGAAUUGUAUAAUAUACAAGAAAUAUAUAUAUGAACUAUUGUUAUUUAUGUGAGCUGAAGUCCAAUUAAAAGUCUGAUCCCAAAAAAAA